CUCAGCCGUAGAAGAAAACUGAAAUGAGUAGCCUGUCAUCCAAUGACAGCAGUCUCUGACUGGUGUACAGAGUAAGCAUAACUAAAAUGUGUUUCUGGUGUGUUGAGUAUCAGGUUUCAAACUAAUGUAGGACCCAGUAUCUUUUUUCUGUUGCCUUGAUUGACCAUUCUUGUGCCAUCAGAGUGGAGAAAAUGUAUUUACUCUGAGCUGAGAAAACAUUUAUGCGCUACAGGCAGCAGCACAAGGAAAGGAAAACAUUUUCUUCAUUGUGAAGAAUGAGCGACAGUUUCAAGGAAGUAAGUGCUGUUCAUAUGUAGGCUAAAGGGUUUACCUGUCAUAGGGUUACAGACAUUUCUUUAUAAAUAUGUAUUCAGUAUCUCUCAACUCAGAGCUACUUUUAUGAUUGCUUCCUGUAUGGAACAUGCUAAUAGCUCUUUAAGACUAUCCCUUGGCAAAUAGAUGGCGUCAGUAGAAAUUGCUUGUCAUAAGCUAAUAUAGUAUGCACACACACCAUUAUCAAGCACAACCACAGACCUUAUGUUUUAUGAAUUGUUUAUACAGGACAUGGGUAUGAGAGGAUGUGGGGUCAUUAACAGUGUGUGUCUCUCAGGGUCCUGACAUUCAGGAGACACAGUUCGGGGGUUCUUCACUGUCCCAGCAGAGGAGGGUCAUCCAUUUCUCCAGCGGUGAGACUCUGGAGGAAGAUGACAGUGAGGAGGAGGAAGAGGAGGGUACUUCACAUGUGCAGGUGUUUAGGGAGCCUGAAGACAUGGUAAGGAAGUGUUCAAACAGUUAAGAUUUUGAUUCUUAGUGUAAAUAAUGUUUAGUCCAUUAGUGCAGUUGGAAUGCAGCACUAAUCUGUGUGUGUGUCUGUGUUUUAGCCCAAACUCCCAUGGAGAGCAUUUACUUGGUCUCUGGGCAGGAAGUCAUUGCGCAGUAAGUUGCAUUCCAUUCAAGUGUGCUCUUGAAACAAUAAAAAAAAAGCAUGGCCUUACAUAACAUAUUUUUGCCUUCAGCUUGUGAUUUUCUUGGGGAGAAACUGGCUGGUCUACUUGGCCUCAACACUGCUAAAUACCAGUAUGCUGUAGAUGAAUAUCAGCGUGACAACAAGGUAAGGUACAUACAACAUAACACAACACACAUAGGGCCAGGAGUCAUUCUUGACCACAUAGAGUCAGGCAUGAGUUUUUCCUGACCGUGUGAGCUGACUAGGUACAACCUGGUGAUAGGCACUAGGCCCCAGAGUUUUUCCCUGGUCAGGUGAAGUGGCCAGGAAACAUUUAUGGACCUACACUUAAAGCCUGCACAACAUAGUCAGAAAUGUAGACCACAUAUGCAUUUGUUUCCAAUCUUCAGUCAAAUUCUUAGCUCUUGAUUAAACAUACACCAACUUUAAUAAUUUAGCAAUCACACUCAGACAGAACUAUUUUCUAAACCAAAUUGAAAAAUUGAUAAGCAAUCGGUUUUGUUCCCUUCUAGAACACAGGCAGUAAAGACACCGAAUGCUCCUAUGAGAAAAGAAGGGAGAGAAUUCACCAUUCUUCAAGGAUAAUCAGUGAAUAUGGUGCCACAAGCUCCCACGGAGUCCCUGCUGGUUCUCAAGCCACUGAGCACGGAACUACAGGAUCCCACAAUAAGGGCUAUCAAGAUGAUAAUGAGCACUGAAAAAGAACUAGGCUAAUAAAUCAAAUCAAAGCAAAUGUUAU